AUUAAAAAAAUUUUGCUUUAUUUGUUUCCCUCUCUUUAAACUAUUAUUUCAAGGUAACGGAAUAUCUAUACAGACACCAAUUAAAGAAUUUUAAGAUUAAAAUAACAUAAGGAACAUUAGCUAAAGAAAUUUUGUAUUCGUCGCGCAUGCAUUUGUUAGUCAGUUGAAACAUGUGAUCACAAUGUAAAAAGUCACAAGAGAACAGCAUCAAUCUACUUAAAAAGCGUGAAAAAGAAAGAUAGUGUUCAAUACUAUUUCAGUAAUUUCCAGCUGUAUAUGUAUGUACAACCGUAUAUAUACAUAACUGCAUUGCAAUGGAGAAAACAAUAUUGUCUUUGGAUUUUUUACUAUUCGUUACAUGUAUCUGGAACGUGGACUCGAGGCAAUGCAGAGGAUCGUUCCGUUGCUGUUUCGGAUACAAGUGGAGUGAGACAUUAAGAUCUUGUAUGAUAUGCAGUGUAGGUUACACAGGCAUUGGAUGUCGCAUGACUUGUCCAUAUCCUUAUUAUGGUGUUCAUUGUCAAAAGAGAUGCCAAUGUACCAAGGAGAAAUGUAACAUUGCUCUCGGAUGUGGUACGACUACAGACAAAUCAGUAGUACAUGUAGAAAAGGCUUCUGAGAACAUCAGUUCAGAGCUUCCGAGGAAUUUUAAUGCUGCAAAAGUCAAACAUGCAGAUAUGAUCGAUGCUACAUUCCCAGUUGAAACAACUACCGAGAAUUUUACAUCAGAGUUCACUGCAAAUUUCAUUACCUCAAACUUCAAUGUUUCACUUACAAGUAUCUCUGAUAAAUAUAUUACCGAAACCAAACCCCCUGUACAAACAGCACAGGAGAACAUUACUAUAAUAAAAAUCAAUCUAUGUGGUAAUUUCUCCGAUAAACCCGAAUCUCAGACCAUUCUGUUCACCGCCACUAUUGUUUCCCCCAUACUUCUGGGACUACUUGUGAUCCUGAUGAUUAGUAUAUAUGGUGUGUACAAGGUUCUCAAAGUACGCAAAGGAAAUGCUGAAAGUUCUAUCUACACUGAAAUUGGAGCAGACAUAAAGACACAACAAAUGCCUGAGGUGAUUUACUCAAAACUAAGAGGAAAUGAUGAAUGUUACACUGAAGUGGUAUAAUUGUGUUAAAAGGAACUUGACUCAAGAUUAGCGCUCUAAUAUUGAGAUCACUGUACACAAUGUUAUUUUCGUCCCGAGUUAUUUUUGCCCAUUUACUUUUGCUAACGAUUUGGCUCCUUUUAAGUUCGCCCAUCAUAGUUCUGUUUACGAGAUGAUACAGUGUUUUAUCGAAUUCUCCCCGUUUUAAAUUUGCCCACAUGUGACAAGGGCGAGAGGGGUAAAAGAAAAGCAGUGUAUAGUAUUCCAAAAAAAAAAAACCAACCGAAUUAACCUGACUAAUGAAAGUAAUUUUACCUUCUAAUGUUAUGAUCAUACAAAUCGAGGUUACUAUUGUAAUUUGUAUUUAUCCUUUUAUAAUACAAGUUCAAGAUUUUCAAAAUUAGCCUGUAUAUUUAGGUCCUUGUUUUGAAUAUGUUUGUUACUUUUCAUUGAAAAAUGGAGAAAAAAAAAUGAAGACAUUGUCCUAUACUUUCAAUUUUCCAAUUAAUAUAUCUGCUAAGCAAUUUGGUUAAAAUCUUAUUUUAAAUUAAUCUAUAUAAAACAUCUGACAUGGCAAGAACAACUCUGACAUCUUUCUUCGUCAAGUUUGUAUUCCUGUUAUCUGAUACUAAUAGUAUUUUAUCAAUUAUUUUGGUCUCCAUUCUUCCAGCAUGCAUUGACUUUUUAACAUACAUUUUCCAGUCAUAUUUUUUUCUUUUUACCCACCGUUCCACCAAAAAGCUUUUUACUUUUGGUUUCUUGCAAUGUUCGAUGUGAAAAAUUAAUUGUACGAUCUAGAAUUAAUUUUUGCUUUUGUGCGUGGUAAAAGAUUAAUAACUCCGUUACAGUUUCGGAUGGGACGAUUUUGUAUGCCCCAUCGAUUUUUUAUGCCCCAUCUUUGAUACUUUGCUUAACAUAAUAUAUGAUUUUAUGCACAUAUUUUUAUGAUUGUGUGAUGCUCGUCAUUUUUUUAAAUUAGUAUUUUGCAUGAUGUGUCUUAUCAUUUAUCAAAUUAAAUUAAAUGACAUUUUUCAAAUCAAACUAUUUACGUUGAAAUUUGUUUUAGCGGUGAUUUUUGUACGUAUGUUGCAUAAUAACUCUAGUCCUUUGGCCCCCUAUUUCUUGAUUUAUGUAAAUAUUUAUUUUCAUAUGUAGUAUUAUAGGUGGUCAUGAUUGUGUUCAACAUGUUCAACACUACAUGUAUUAUUACUAUGGUUACAUGAUUAUGAAUGACCCUCUGUUUUGUAUAUAUCUUUGUCUCAUUUUCUAAAUAAAUACAUGUAACAUAAUUCAUUCUUAAACAAGUGUUUUUAUUUCAUCUUCCCUGAUCAUAAAACGAGCUAAGUCUCCAUGGCAAGGUUAUACAAACUAAGGAAGUUCAACAUAAAUGCAUAAAUGUGCUUUAUUUAGUGUAAACUCUCAAGUUAUUUAAUUGGGAUUUGUUGUUGAUCUAAUUUAC